CUUUGAGUGCAUUCACUCACAGAGUAAACCGCGCAAGAUCACAACGUAGACGAUAUUCCUAUAAUAUUUUAUUGUGUAAUAAAUACAAUUUGAUUGCAACAGCACGAGUUUCGUCUCUUAGCUAAAACGAAUAGUUUGCAAGUGUUGUGUGAUAGUAACAUUCAAAUAAGGGAUUAAGAAAUCAGCCGAAGGUUAAAUUUCAUCAUACGAUGGACGCCACAAUGGAAAACAAAAUGGGUCUUCCGCCACCUUAUGAACAAACAAGACCGAACCCUGCCCCGCCGCCAUCGUACUUUGGUGACAAUCCUCCCCCACCGCCCGGGCUAGUGGUCCCUCCGACCGCGGGGCCACGGACUACAGUGAUCACGACACCGGGUGCCGCACCAGGGUCCCGUCCAGCCAAGAUGGGCCCGGGGCCGUCCGGCACGACUUGCCCGACUUGCAACAAAUCUAUCGUGACCACUGUUGAAUACGUCCCGAACAAUCGCACACACAUCAUAUCAGCGGCGCUGUGUGUUCUAGCUGGGUGCUGUUGCGGCUGCUUCGUGCCUUACUGCAUGAGAUCUUGUAAGACUGCCAACCACUACUGUCCUCAAUGCAAAGCCUUCAUCGGAUCCUUCACACCGUCCUGAUCUUACACACCUUCACCAAUCUCGAACUACGUUUAAAUUUUUUAUUUUAAAAUACUAUAGAAUAAGAUAUAAGUACUCUGACUAGAAACAUAAAACAUCUACGAGGGUGGCGCUGCAGUCGCUUUUAGCAACCGCUUUAUAUUUCUAGUCGAGUUAAUAGAAUAUUGGAGUUUUAUGUGUUACAAUAUAAAAUCUCAUGUGAUGUAUCUCAAAUUCUCAAUAGUUAAGUAACCCAUUCAGCCAGUUGGUUUAUUUAACAUAUUUUCAUUGCCUGUACUCUGUGCUAAAAAAUAUAAGUUAUGUAUUUACUUCUUAAUGAGAAAACCAUUUGUAUUGGUUAAAGUUUCAUUAGGCAAUAAUUCUACUAAUUUCAAUAUUUCUAUGUAUAAAGAGUGUGUAAUAAUAUAUGUGUAAAGAACUGUACUAUUGAUAUGUAUAGAUCUGCUUUUACAUAAUAUUAUGACGUUUCCAAUUAAAUAUAUCAUUGCUUAAUUCAAAAUAAAAAUGCUCGAAUGAUUUAUCAAUAAUUAUAUAUUAUCUUUUGACCAAAUGCUUGUCGAAUUUAUAAUUUAUUUUAUGUUAGAUAAUAACUUAAGCCUUAAGUACAUUAUAUGAAAAAUAUAAAUUAUAAUAUUAUAAAAAGUACGUAAUUUUAUAUAAUUUUGUAUAUUUCAUUCUGUGAUAAACUUUUCAAGGGUUUUUGUACGAUUUCUACUUAAUUAUAUUUAAUUUUAUAAAUAAAUAGUUAAACAUA